CGCGGGGCCGGGCGCUCCAGACGCUCGGGCAGGGAUGGCGGCGAUGCUGGGGGGCCGGGAGGUCGCGAGGCUGCUGCAGAAGAAUGUAAUGAAUUUUCACCCCACUGUUUUGAAAUACACAAACCGGGGUUAUGCAUCACAGCGCACUUUAAAUGAAGUGGUCAUAGCAAGUGCAGCACGGACUCCCAUUGGAUCUUUCCAGGGAUCCCUUUCAUCGUUGCGAGCCACUGAACUUGGUUCCAUUGCAAUUAAAGGAGCAGUUGAAAGAGCAGGUAUUCCUGCAGAAGAAGUGAAGGAAGUGUAUAUGGGUAAUGUCCUACAGGCUGGACAAGGACAAGCUCCAGCAAGACAAGCGCUACUGGGUGCAGGUUUACCAAUCUCUACUCCUGCUACAACUAUCAAUAAAGUUUGUGCUUCUGGAAUGAAGUCUGUCAUGAUGGCAGCACAGAAUCUGAUGUGUGGAAAUCAGGAUGUGAUGGUUGCUGGCGGGAUGGAGAGCAUGUCUAAUGUUCCCUAUACAAUGAACAGAGGCGCAACACCUUACGGAGGAGUAAAGCUGGAAGAUUUGAUUGUAAAAGAUGGCUUGACUGAUGUUUACAACAAAAUCCACAUGGGAAAUUGUGCUGAAAAUACUGCUAAGAAGCUUACUGUUUCACGAGAGGAGCAAGACACUUAUGCUAUAAAUUCUUAUACUAGGAGCAGGACAGCCUGGGAAUCAGGAGAACUGACAAAGGAAGUUGUUCCUGUCACUAUUUCACAAAAAGGGAAACCAGAUAUAGAAGUGAAAGAAGAUGAAGAAUAUAAGCGUGUUGAUUUCAGUAAAGUUCCAAAGCUGAAGACUGUUUUUCAAAAAGAAAAUGGAACAGUAACUGCUGCCAAUGCCAGCACACUGAACGAUGGAGCAGCUGCUUUGGUUGUGAUGACUGCAGAGGCAGCCAAGAGACUUAAUGUUACGCCACUUGCAAGAAUAGUAGCUUUUGCAGAUGCUGCUGUUGAUCCUAUUGACUUCCCAAUUGCACCUGCGUAUGCUGUUCCCAAGGUUCUUAGUGAUGCAGGAUUGAAAAAGGAAGACAUUGCGAUGUGGGAAAUCAAUGAAGCAUUCAGUGUUGUAGUCUUAGCCAAUAUUAAAAUGCUGGAUAUUGAUCCGCAGAAGGUGAACAUACAUGGAGGCGCUGUGUCUUUGGGACAUCCAAUAGGGAAAAGAACACCUGUAAGAAAAGAUUUGGUCUUUUGAUUCAGAAGUUGUACUGAAGUUGUUAAUUAAAUUUUGGCAGUACCCUAGUCUUGUCAAGAAACAGAUUCUGGCAAUAACCACUCAAAGGUGAGGCAAGUAACUGGUUCUAGUACACAAGGUAUUUGACUAAAACAUCAAUUUUGUGUCUGUGGAAAUUGACAUUGAUCUAAGCACCUAUGAAACUUAAAAUCAGAAGUAACUUCAACCCUCAUCUACACAGCAACAUUUCACUCUGUCAUGACUAUGCUACCUUCCUUACAGCAGCUUUAAAUUGAUUAGUUUCACAAGUCUUGCAGUCUAACCUGUUUGUGUUUGGUUUUUUUUGGGGGGAGGGGGAGUGAAAUCGGCUACAAAUUCUAAUUGGAGUGGGUAGUUGCUAGAUAAGCCCUCUGAGCCUUUAGAGACUGACUGACUAAAAAUAAUUUCAGAAGUUGCAACUUGAUAUUCUUAGAGUCAAGUGUUAUGUCUUUGAAUAUUGUUCUUUAUCAAUAGGUCAUGUCCACUCCAGAAAAGCCUAUACUACUGAUAAGAGUAAAGUAAUACUGCUUACUAUGUGUAAAACUUCAGAGGAAGAAUACUAUGGGUUAAGGAUUGCCUCUUUCCUUAGAGGCACCCUUAGCUAUCAUUUUUCCAGAAUUAAGGAAGUUGAAGGCUUUGUGUAAAAUAGGUACUGGAAACAUUAAGUCAUUUGUGCAAGAAAGGUGUAGUGUCUCUUCCCAAAAAGAAAAUUCAGCUAUGCCAUUUCAUGGUUUUUUGUUUCUGCAAACAGAUCUGAUCAUUUAGCAUUAACGCAGUCCUUUGAACAUGCAAAGUGAAAGUGAACUGAAUACCAGCAUAGGACUAGUAAAGGGCUGUUUGUUACACAAAAUCAAUAGACAAACAUCUGGAUUAAAACCAAAAUGUUUAUUCAAGCCAUAAAUGCUAUGCAGUACUAAGUGAGUGGAUGGGUUUAAUAUAAACAUCUGCUGCAUAAUUGGUUCCUUAGGAAUCCUUGGAUGCUAUUUGAAACAUUGCCAUGUCACCAUACAGUUCUUACAAGAAAACUAUUACAUUGUUCAAUAAUAUCAAGUUGAGAACAAAGAGGAAACACACCACUGCCAGUGAAGAAAAUUCCGCAGAACAAGUUAGGCCUUAUACCAUUUAGAGUAGGGAUUAGGACUAGUGAUCACAAGAAAGUUAUUUGUGUAUCUACCACUGUGUAGGAUGCAUACAGAGGAGCUUUGCCCUGCCACCUUCUGUUAAUCACUGUUGCACUGCCCCACCAGCAUGAUCUACCUUUAUUUUGAGCUAACAGCCUUUAAGUAGAUGAAACAAGAAGCUACCCUGUUGACAAUGCAAAAUAGAGUUGAAAGAAUCAUCUUUUCCAUUAGAGUAUUUUCGAUUUUUAGUCUCACCAAACCCAGGAGAGAGAAGGCGUGCCCUGUUCAGAAAUACUGUUAGAGAUUUCUAACAAUCUCUAAAAACUCACUACCUACACAAGUGAACUAUUUUACUCAAGCUGUCACUGACUGUUCUUUUCCUUGUGCUAGGCCCUAAAUCAAAACUCACUACCUAUUUGAGAUGGUUGGGUUUUUUUUUCUCCCAGCAGCAACUGUGUUCAUUUGAGUACAUGGCCUUUACUAAAUUAGCUAGGGUAUUUGGAUUUCAGUUACCAAAACUUCCAUCUCAAUACAACAUAAUGCAGGAAUGUUCCACCGCUGGGCUGCAACUGAUAUGCGUGGAUACAGACCUGAGCCAUGUGAACUAAACCCCUUUUCACUGUUGAGAAAGGAAAACUACUUAUAGUCUGGCUAUUAAAAUUUUAAAUAUUUAAAACUUUGCUAUUUUAAACAAUUUCUGCACUUCAGAAGAUACCAAGAUCUGCAUUUGGGAACUUAGUUGGCUAAGUUGGUAACUGCUGUUUAAGAUUUUGUAAAAUUCUUGGGCAACCGUAUUGGAAGAUAGUACACUUUGGGGGAGAGGAAGAGACGACUUGUGUUUGUGCCUGUUGCUCUCUCCUUUCGGAUGCAAGUUAGUUCCAUGCAGUUUUAAAAAGUAAAAAAGCCUUUGACAGAACAUGGUGUGGAGGGGUAGGGGAGAACUCUACUACAAACAAAUGAACAACAGUCUGAUUUGAGAACGCCCCAAUACCUGUAAAUGAUGAUCCAAAUGAUUAAUUUCCUAGUUCUUCUCUCAACUGCCUUGUUUAAAAUCAGCAGUGCUGCAAGGCUUAGAAAUGCUGAGCUACAGAAUCACUGCCCUCAAAUUCACAAAGUGACUAAGCAAUUUAGAUGGGUAAGUAAAGAACUUUGCAGAAUAUAAACAUCUGGCGUUAUAGGAAACAAACUAAGAACAUUUGUUUACAACUCUUCUCACAAUACAUUUGUACAAUACUUACAUUAUCCAAACAAGUCUACCUGUACAGUUUUGUAAAUAAAUGGCUCUACAUCACUGUAAGUGCUUUCUCAAAAAUAAAAUAUACCAACUUAGAAUUCUAUUUACAAACUAGCAACCUGCUUCAGAAAGAGCAUGAUUUUGCUAUAAAGUGAAACUUCAGUGCACUGAAAGUGCAGCUUUCCCUUUACAAAGCGACACCAUGUUUUAAAUAGUCACAGUUCAACUAUUUUAUUCAUCAUAAUGCAAAGAUAACAAGAACUUGUCCACAUCCAUUCCAGCUGGAAAACAAUGUGGCAGCUUCUUUUUCUGUUGGGAGAAGGAAAGGCUCAUGUUAAACACCAAAAUCAUGGAGGUGGAAAAGUUUGCAAAUUUCUUACUUUUGCUUCAUGCUUCCCCAUCCACCUGCUGAAGCAGUAAACACAUGACACUUAUUCAGAGUACCACAUCCUUGUAUUAAAUUGUAGAAGUGUAUUUUAAUUGAGCAGUGUAGUAUUGACCAUGCACAGUGUGAUUAAGGGACUGGGGGAGUAGAUUAGGUUGCAGUUCCAACUCAUUUGCUUGUUCUGUGGCCUUGGACAAGUCCCUUUGUUUCUGCCUUAAGUUUCCCCAUCUGUAAAAUAUGGACCAUGCUUACGCACCUUUGUAAACCAAUGAAACCUCUGGAUGAAAAAUAUUAUAGGACUAAGUAUUCCGAAUUACAAAAGCUACAGAAUGUAGCCUGUGCCCUCACAGUUUACACGGACUGCUUUAAUGCUUGAUCUAGAAUAAUGCCUUCGAAAUUCAUCAAUGGCUCAAACUCCCAAGUUUCAUUAAAGAUAAUAUUUCAAAUGUAGCAAAAAGAAAGUAUGCCACGUCCUGGGUCUACCACUAUACCGAGGCUGUGGGAAAGGGAUUGCAUUCCAGAUCUGUCUUUUUAGCAUAAAAUAAGUUCUCUUUUUCUACAAUGAGUAAGUUUCUAACAGGCUAAUUUGACCUUCACACACAGUUGCCAACAAAGUUACUGGGAGUUGCUCCUGUGUGUGUGAGGUGGUCUGAAUCCUAAGAAAUAUUUUGUUAGUUACGAUGAGGAACAGUGGGCUCAAGGAGCUUUGUUACUGAUGCAAGGAAUUCAUUUAGUGGGUGUUGGGAUUUGGGCUCUCAGCUCUUUACCAUCCAAUGCUGGAUACAUAUUGGUGCUAAAAAAAAAAAUUAAGUUGACAUUUUUAAAAUAAAAAAUGAAUUUAUGUA